CCGGAAUCUGACCAACUGCGUCUAAAAGUUCUUCUUCACAGUUGAUCACUUCUUCGCCAGUAUCCAGCAUUACACAGACGGAUUUCGUCAGAUAUUGAAAUUCAUUCUGUAUACGCAUUGAAAUUCCGGUUGAUAGAAACAGACACCGACGAGACAUGGACAAUAAGCGGAUUUUGGUAAUUUUGGUGGUGGUGACGAUUUUGGCUCAAGCCCUCGUAGAAGCUACUUCUCCUGUCGGCCCUGAUCCAUGUCCACCUGGAGUUUGUAAUUGCCCCAGAAAUUACAAACCCGUUUGUGCGUCGGACGGGCGUAAAACGAAAAUAUUUUCCAAUGCCUGUCGAGUCAAGUGUGCGGUUUGCGACACGAGGAUCUCGCUGAAAAUCGUUGACAUGUCUCUAUGCUCCUGAAGGUCCUGAAUAUUCAAUUGAAAUUCGGCAUAUUGUGUAUAGACGAAAAACCAAAUGCUCUGCCGGUAAUAUUGCAAUUAUUUAAUCUAUGUAUAUACAAGGGUGGUCCCUUUUGGACGCGACCUUGGUUAUUUCCAGAGUACGGAUGACUGUAAACACAACAAAAAAAGAGAAUGAUGUAAAGCCCAUGCUGUUGUAAGGUUCUGAGAUUUUUUGGCUUGCACUGUUUUUUCUACUUGAUGAUAACUUGAUAAGUGAAAGCUUUCCAGCAGUUACGACCAUAAGCAGAACUCUCUACCCAUGUCACAUGGUGCUAAAUAUGAGCCAUGCCAUUUGUAAAUUGAAAAUUCUUGACGGUUUAAAUUAAGAAAAGGUAACGGGUGAAACGAAAAAAAGUCAAUUUUUUCAGGGUACCUGGCCUUUUUUCGGCACCCUGUGACAUGAGUGGAGAACUCUGGCCCGGACAAGAGUUUUCACUCAACAAGUUAUCAUCAAGAAGAAAAUUUAAAUUUUUGUGAAACUGAAAAAGUCCCACAACCGUAAAACAACAUGGGCUAUACCACAAUUUAUUUUACAUUUAAACAUUCUCUAGAAACAACCAAGGUCGCGCCCAAGUGGGACAACCCUCGGUUAUAUAGUGUACAGUACUUGUAUAUACUGUACAGUAUACCAACUUACAGAGACAUACUGUAUUGAACUUACCUUUUCGCGUGCAGUAUAUUCUUGCUUCUAGAUGCAUUGUACUUGCUUCACCAUGUCAUAUGCGACUUUGAAUUGUAAGGUAAUAAACAUGAUUAGCCUUGA